CCAGCAACAAUUAAAUUAAAAAUACAGUUUACUCAACCAACAAUGUGACCGAUUUUCUCGCUACCUUUUCCCCCUAUUAAGCAAUGGACAUCAAACGCAAAGCUCGCAAAGAGGACAUCAUUUGGGACAGGUCCAUCCACAACGUCUUCAGCUGGCUGUUCUUCGCCAUGCAAUUAUUCGGCUUCAUGCCUCUGCGGGGGAUAUUCAAACGCGAUUUAUCCGCCAUAAAAUUCACCUGGAUGUCCUGGAUCAGCCUCUACGCGCUGCUCACCAGCGCUGGCAUGUUCUUCAUGCUGGCCACGCAGGUGGCGCGGUUCUUCAUCUACAACAUGCACACGCAGGAGAUGCAGCGGUUCUUCUACUUCAUGAAAUCGUGGUUCGUCAGUUGGUUCUUCUUCGUCCUCGCCAGGGAGUGGAAGGACAUGCUGGUGAGGUGGAACGAGGUGGACGAGGCGCUGGCGCGCUUCGGCAGGCCCAAGUGCGCUAAGAGGAAGCUGAAUUUCGGGAUGGUAUUUUUUAUAGCGUUUUUUAUCGGCGAUUACGUUUUGAUUCAAACCCAACGAACCGAGCAGGAUAUUUUGAAGCACAGCGUGAUAUUGUCGUGGAAAGCUUGGGAGCACUUCCAGAAGCACAGGAUAUUCAAGUAUAUUUACGAGCUGUACCCGUACAAUUUUUUUAGCAGCCUUUGCCUAUUAAUUAUCCAAUUGCAAGUACUGUUUUCUGGAACUUUUCUGGACUUGUUCAUAAUGGGUACCAGUUUCUGUUUAGCCUCUCGAAUGAAGUUAAUUACCAAAAAAAUCAAAGAAAUGUCUUUUAAAAGAAUGGAAUCUGACGAAGUUUGGAUAAACUUGAGAGAAAGUUACAAUAAAUUGGAAUUGCUUUGCUGUUAUAUCAACUCGAAAAUCGGCGUGGCGGUUUUGAUAUGCUUUAUGGGG